AUGUACUAUCCCGGGAUCACAACUUUUGAUUCAUGGAAACAGUGGCCAGAUACGCCUAAGCUGAUGGCCAACUCGCUGGAAGUCCUUUUGAUUGAUCUCGUGGCGGGAAGCGACUUCAGUGAGUUUGUGAUAUUUGCUUGGGUUCACCACCUCGCGUACCAGGUUCCAGUGCCGUGCCUGGCAGACAAAGGCGGCAACUUUGAAAGAUGA